AUGGAUAGAGCACAAAGAGUAGAUGAAGUUUCAUACCUUACUCAAGGGAAACGGUGGCCGGAGUUGCCGGAAACGGCGUCGGAAAAUUCGAAAAUCACCAACACUUCCAGUCGUUCCAGCCGCAAAUCAUUGGGUUUUUUUAGCUGGAAAACGGAUGGGUCAGGUAGAGGGCAUCGAUACGAAACUUUUGCAACAAAUUUCACUCGAAUGGACCACCGGAUGGCGACGAAAUCGCCAAUUGAAAGUGAGUGUGUGCGGUGGAGAGAGAUAGAGAGAGAGAAUAAGAAAUAA